UACUGGAAUCAAUUUGAUAUUUUAACAUAUCUUCUUUGUUAUUUUUUAUAUCCUAAAUAUAGAAAAAUUAUAAAAGCUAUGGUUAAAGAUAAUAAUCUUUUUGAAGAUAAUGAUAAUAAAGAUUUUUCUAAUAAUAGUUGUGAAAAUAUUGAUGAUAAUGAUGAUGAAACAAAUCUAAAUAAUUUAAUUAUUAGAGAAACAAUAAAUUUAGAUUUUUUUGAUUUUCAAGAAAAUGAAACUACUGUAGAUAUUAGUAAUCAAAUAUAUUCUAGAAAUAAAAAUAUUGAAGAUGAAGAUUUUGAUAUUAAUUUUGAAAAAAUAUAUGAAGAAGAAUUUGAGAGAUAA